AUGAAUGAAAUCAUAUUAAAGCUGUUUGCCUCUAUUAUCCUUACGCUCUCCAGUAUUAUUGGUGUAUUAGCACCUCUCUGUUGUGUACGGCGAUCACGUGAAGAUGUGAGUGGAGUUCGUCGUUCACGUAUUUAUUUACAUCAUAAUAAUAUGCGGCAUCUCUCCAUGGCCAAUUGUUUCUCUGCCGGGAUGUUAAUUACCAUCGCCCUUACACAUUUUCUUCCUUCGGCUAUUCUUCAAUGUAUGAACCAUACACCUUUUCCUUAUCCAUAUAAUAAUAAUAAUAAUAAUAAUAAUAAUAUGAAUAUGAAUAAUAAUAAUAAUAAUAAUAAUAAUAAUAAUAAUAAUAAUAAUAAUAAUAAUAAUAAUAUGAAUAGUAAUAGUGGAGGAGGGGCACUUUCUCCAGUGGCGAUUAGUGCGGCUGUUCUUCUUGGAAUUUUAUUACCCGCCGUGAUGGAAAGAGGAAGUUAUCAUCAUCAUAAUAGUAAUAAUAGUAAUCCACAUAUUCAUACACAUGGACUCUGUGCAGGAAGUGAAAAACAAAAACGAUCUUCUUCUCUAGUCGUUUUAUUAAUGUGUGUACAUGCGAUGGCGGAGGGAGUUAUGUUGGGUGUGGAAAGUUCCCAUACAACUCUUUUACGUGCGGCUAUUCCUUUAAUAAUUCAUCGUCUUUUUGAUGGCGUAGUAGUGGGAGUGGCGAUGGCAAAGGAAAUGUGUGUGGAAUUAGAUACAGAAAGUGAAAUAUUACCUCUUACUAGUGAUAAUAGUAAUAAUAAUAAUAAUAAUAAUAAUAAUAAUAAUAAUAAUAAUAAUAUGAAUAUGAUUAGUGGAGAGGGAAUGAUAGGAAAUAAUCGUACAGAUGCAGGAGAGUGGUGUUUAUUCUUAUUAAGAUUACUUCGUCGAGGGACACUUUUAUUAUGGUUAUCUUUAGAUCCAUUAGCUACUAUGAUAUCCGCAUUCUUGGUAUGGUAUUCUUCUUAUCCAUAUAAUAAUAAUAAUAUGAAUAAUAUGAAUAAUAAUAGUUAUGAUAAUAAUAAUAAUAAUAUGAGUUCUCCUAAGAAUCCUUCUUAUAAUUAUAGUAAUAAUAAUAAUAAUAAUAAUAAUAAUAAUAAUAAUAAUAAUAAUAAUAAUAAUAAUAAUAAUAAUAAUAAUAUGCAUAGUGGUUCUGCAUGGAUGGCUGGAACACAAGCGAUGGGAAGUGGAUUCUUUCUAUUUGCGGGUUUAAUGAUGUUAUUACAGGAGGAACUGCGAGGAGCUCGGGCUAUUGUUCCUUUUCUUACUGGUGUGGUUCUUACACUUAUGCUUUGUAUGGUGGAAGAGGAAUGA